AUGCCGGGCACCAACAAGCCCCGCGCACCAAUCUACGACUACGAUGACGACAGACCGCCCAGUGCUGAUAAUGACCGUGACACGGACACUCCGAAGACAGCGGCGAAGAAACAGGAGUCCAAGUCAAAAGAUGAGGGCAGCAAGAGCGACGCCAAGAACAACAAGGGCGGCGGCUGGCUCGGCGGCAUACUCAACAAGCUGUCCCUCCGAGCGCCCAACCAGAUGAUCCUGCCCGAUGACAAGAACCCCUCUAUCGUGUGGGAUCCGGACACGAAGCGGUGGCGUAACGUGGACGGCGACAGCGACGAGACCGACCAGCCGCCGCCCCCUCCGCCCAAGACUGCCGACCUGCCGCACGUUAUGAAGAGUGCUUCGCCCCCGCUGCAAGCGGCCAUCCCUCCGGCGGGUGCUCCGCCCAUGGCCCCGCAAGCACCCAUCUCUAAUAUAUUCAAGAUGCAGAAAGGAAGACAUAUAAAGAAGUCGUACGUGGACGUGUUCAACCCGAGCGGCGCGGCCAUGCGCGCGCUGCCCCCCGCCGCCGACGUGCUCGGCCCCCCGCCCCCCCCGCCCACCACCGCGCCCACCAACUACUUCGUGCCGCAGCCCCUGCCGCAGGACCUCCCACACGACGACCCCCCGGACGCGAUAGAAGUAUCCAUCCCUCCUUUUCAUCCUGGAAUAACCCUUAGCCCAAAUAUAAACGCAGAGAAGAACAGCAUAUACGACCCAUCCAAACUUGACAACGGCGAGGAUAUUUACCGCAGCGGAAUAUAA